CUAGAAGUCAACCUAUCUCAGUACAUACAAGCAAAUCCCUUAUUUUGAAAGCAAACAUUGGCCGUCCUUCCCCAGACAUGGCGGCCCCUGUCCACAAAGCAGACUGCUGGAGAACUCCUGAAAUCUACAAACAUCACGAACAGAGAAAAGUUUGCAUUUCUCGACCAAAAUAUCGAGAUGGUAGGAAAGCUAAAGCAGUAAAGGUUUACACCAUCAACCUAGAGUCACGCUACCUGAUGGUGCAAGGCGUCCCAGCCAUCGGGGUGAUGCCUGAACUGAUCCAGCGCUGCGCCCUGUACGGGGUCAUCGAGGAGUACAGGCCCCUGGACGAGUACCCCGCUGAAGAAUUCACAGAGGUCUACCUCGUCAAGUUCCAGAAGCUCACCAGUGCAAGGGCUGCUAAGCGGCACCUAGAUGAGAAGAGCUUCUAUGGGGGUGUGCUCCACGUGUGUUAUGUUCCCGAGUAUGAAACCGUGGAGGACACCAGGCUGAAGUUACAAGACCGACGUAGAUACGUGAUGAGGACAUGCCAACAUAUAGCUAGAGAAAGGGAGCAGACGAAAGAAGCUACCGAGGAGGACCCUAAACCACCUGACCCCGCCCCCAAAUCAGAGAGGUCCUCCAGAUCAACUGAUGAAAAACGUCCUGCUGCUGCUGCUGCUGUCUACACCCCAGCCCCACCGAGCAGCAGCCAUUACCUGGGCUUUCCAAUGCUGCCGUUCCCACCUCAGGAAGACCGUUGGUACAGACGCAACACAACUCAAGCCAGGCCGUCAGAGGACAGAAUGGGGUCGUUACACAACGCGUUCCCUGACACAGCACCGUCUGACACACCAGGAACCAGCACGGGGGUCCAAAGUCAAGACACAGAGACACGGGUGACUCCGAAGCUAGCCUCUGCGGCGAUGUUUGUACCGAGGACCACACAUUUGGAGAACAGGAAGCGUAGGCUGCAGGCGCCCCGUGACCCGUUGUUGUUGUCAUAUGACGUCGUGGGGGAGAACUCUCCUCUCGUUGGUCCUCAGCUCCCGGAACCGCCCCGGUUGGACAUGGAGGAUGAAUCACUGAACACGACCGUCGACCAGAUCAGGAACACACUGAAACAGGUGGACUCAGUUACUGCAAACAAACCAGCGAAGGUGAAGAAGACUAAGCCUCGCCGCAGGAUUUGAGAUCUUCCUUCUGUGGUGUUUCGCAGAGACUUUUAUCACCCAUCCAGACUAUUUAUACAUUUAUUUUUACACUUUCUGUUAGAGAAAUAUGAACAAAUCUUUUGAAUAUAUUUUUAUUAAAACAAAAGAAAUUCACAUUCCAUACUAAUUCUUCAUCGUUCCGACAGAUCUUGGAAAGCUUGCUGCUCAAACACCAAUAUACUCUGAAAACAAGAAAGGUUUGAGUAUUAUGUCAAGUAGCAAUAUUGAAAAUGAGAUCCAAAGACAUCAAUUUUAUUUGAUUGACACCUUGGCGUCAGGGAGACACGUUCCGAAGGCUUCAAGUAGCAGGUUCUCUUCUUUGACUGCCUUCUCAAAGUCUAUAAAAGAGAGUCUGCCGUCAUGGUCAUGGUCCUGAGGGCAGGAAAAAUUACAAUUCAUGAAUCUUUUCUUGUGGUCCAGACCAGCCCUUCAGAAAGCAAAUUUUGUGACAAGUAGCCUGCCAGUUAAUUUAUAAAGCCCUCUUCAUGCACAAAGGUUGUUCAGAACACCUGACAUGCAGAAUCACAAUGAAAGACUCUUGAAGGUUCAGUCGACAGAAAUAAUUUAAAUGAGCGAUCUAAAAUUAAUAUACGGUCAUUCAAUUUGAUAGAUUUAUUUUUCGAUUUCUGACAAUGAAUGUCAAAAGUUUGGGCAAUUCAACUUUGAAUUCCGAGUAAGAUCCCAGUAGAGCUUCCCCCAUACCAUCUUCUUGACCGUGAUCUCCACCAGGUCUUUGAUGCCCUCGUCGGGGUCUUCCUCCGUCAGCUGCCUGAUCAGACUGUUCUUCAACAUGUGAAACAUCUCCUCCCGGGAGAUGAAGCCAUCGCCAUUCAAGUCAUACACGUCAAAGCAGUCUGGUCACAGAAACAAAACAACUAGGGUUAUUAGGGUUAUUACCUUAUUUUAUUAUCCUUGAAAGUAUGCUUGUAUAUUACAUUUGAUUUUUUCGGCCAAGGUCCCACGAAGGAAAACAGACAGUCCCUCAGUCCACUCUCUGACACUGACGAAGCUGUCGUUGUCCUUAUCAAACGCCCGAAAAACUAUAAGAAAACACAAACCACAACUAACGGUAUUUUAUCAAUCUCACUCGCGUUAUCUCUGAACACAAUGGUUCGCAUUUAAUUUACGUUACUUUUGCAGCUGUUAAUAUUGAAUGACACUUUUUUUUCAUUAAAUGUUAUAACAUUUAGAAAUCUGUCCCAAUCUGGCAACACUGCUCCUACCUCCAUCCAUUAGCAUGUCAUCAGUCAUCCCGAAGGUGUUGUGCAGGAUGCUCCUGAACCUCCCUCUGUCCAAGCCGUGCACAGCCCGUCCUGACGCCGCCACGUCCCCCAUCAGUCCGUUGAAGAGCCGAAUCAGGCACUCUAC